UUUACUGUCAGUGACUUGACUGGAGCCUCCGGGACGCCGGGCCCGAGACGUUAUCGCCGGUAAACAUGGAGAACGGAGUGGGUCUGCCGUGCCUGGAACAGUUCAUGCUGUCUCCACUGGUCACUUGGGUGAAGACUUUCAUGGUGGAGGAGGGAGAGCUAGACUACUCGGAGCUACUGGACGGAGUGUUCCUCAACGAGAUCAUGACCCAGAUAAGUCCGGGGGCGACCCUCCAGGGGGUGAGUAAGGCCAACGGAGAGGCAGCGCAGCGGGUCAAGAACCUCAGCCUCCUGGUCCGGCAGAUAAAGACCUACUACCUGGAUCAUCUGAGGCAGCUGAUCAUGAUCCCACUGCCCAACGUGCUGCUGCUGGGGAAGGCGCCGUACUGCGAGCAAAGUCUGAAGGAAAUGAAAAAAGUGCUUCUCUUCCUGCUGGGAUGUGCUGUGCAGUGCGAGCAGAAGGAGGAGUACAUCGAGAGGAUCCAGGCGCUGGACUUUGACACCAAAGCCGCCAUCGCUGCCCACAUCCAAGAGUUGACCCACAGCCAGGACAGUGUGGUGGACCUCCAGUGGCUGGAGGCCAGCGACCUCCACCCAGAGGACCUGGAGACCGCGGCCAGGGGCAUGGCUCUGCACCUCAGACAGCUGCUGGAGCAGAGAGACGCCCACCUGGAGACGAUCUCGGACCUGAUGCAGGACCGGGAGGCGGUGGUCACCCCCCUGCCCAGCCCCCACAGCCCCCUCAGCCCCCAGUCCCCGGGGCUCCGGCCUGGGGGGCCGCGGCAGCACGCGGGGGUCCAGCAGCACUUGGCCGUGGAGCUGGCCGACUCCAAGGCCAAGAUCAGACGACUCCGCCAGGAGCUAGAGGAGAAGAGCGAGCAGGUGCUGGACUGCAGACACGAGCUGGACAGCGUGGAGGCGGAGCUGAAGAGGAACCAGCAGGAGAACGGCCUGCUGCAGGUGGAGGCGCGCGCGGCGCGGGCGUACCGGGACGAGCUGGACGCCCUGAGGGAGAGGGCCUUCAGGACGGACAAGCUGGAGAGCGAAGUGGGCCGCUACCGCGAGAAGCUGCACAGCAUGGAGGUGUUCAAGGCCAAAGUAGAGGAGCUGAAGGAGGAUAACCGCGUGCUGCAGGAGACCAAGGAGGUGCUGGAGGACCAGGUGUCGGGCUGGAGGGCGCGCUCCGACAAACUGCACCAGCUGGAGAAGCACAGCCUGCUGCUGACGGCCCGCGUGCACGACCUGGAGCAGGAGAAGGAGGUGGAGCGCCGGCGGACGGAGGAGCUGCGGGCGGAGAACCUGACCCUGUGCCUGGCCCAGAGGAGGAGCAUGGAGGAGUCCCAGCUCCUGGGCUGGGAGCUGGAGCAGAUCUCCAGGACCGCCGACAGCACCCAGGGCCAGCAGUCCCUGAGCGAGGAGGUGCGGGAGCGGACGCAGUCGCGUCUCCUGAGGCUGGAGAAGGAGAACCAGCGUCUGGUGAGGACCAUCGAGGAGCUGAGGACCUCCUCCGUCACCAGCAGCCCCCUGUACAGCCACCGAGACCUGGACCAGGACCCGGACCGAGACCUGGACCACCUCUCCACGGUGGCCUUCCAUCCCUUCACCAAGCCCUCGGACCCCCCGGGGGUCCGGACCCGUCUGUUCAACGGCGUAGGGACGCAGCACGCCUUCCAGGGAGCCCCAGAGUGCACCCUGCUGGAGGAGGGCCCCAGCGAGGCCCUGCUCCUCACCGAGACGCUGGACUCUGAGGGCCCGGAGAAGGGCCAGCUGGACGCCUGGGAGAGCAGCGAGAACAUCAAGGACCUGCUGUCGGACGCCACGGACGCCACGGAGAGCCACGGCGGGCCGCCCGGCCGGUGUGCGGACCCCCCCCCGGGCCCGCGGGCCGGCCGGGGCUACGACAGCGUGGUGGUGGCGGCGCUGACCGGGCGCUCCUGCUACGCCACCAAGCACACGGAGCGGCUGGAGGCCAAGUGCCGCGCGCUGGACACCGACAACCAGCGGCUGCAGGCGUCCCUGGACAACAGCGGCCGGAGGCUGCAGCGGCUGGAGGCGGAGGUGCUGGAGCUGGAGGCGGAGAGCCAGGGGCUGCAGGCUGCGCUGGAGGAGAUGAGGCUGUCCUCACGCCGCCUGGAGCAACUGGAGGCGGAGAAGCAGAGCCUGGAGCAGGAGAGCGCCGGGCUGGAGAGGGACAAGCGGCGCCUGGAGAAGGAGAACCGCCGCCUCCGGCAGCAGGCGGAGAUCCAGGAGGCGAGCCUGGACAGCAGCAGCGGCCGCGUGGCCAGCCUGGAGAGGGAGGCGCGGGGGCAGGCCAAGGAGCUGGAGGGGCUCCGGGAGACGGCGGAGCGGGUCCGGGGCCUGGAGAGGGACAACCGGGAGCUGGCCAAACAGGCGGCCAUCGACCACCGGACCCUGGUCACCCUGAGAGAGGAGCUGGUGAACGAGAAGCUGAAGACGCAGAGGAGGACCAACGAGCUGGAGAGCCUAGCCCACGAGCUGGAGAUGAGGGCUCUGAACCAGGACAGCCCGUCCCCCGUGGACCAGGAGCUCCCAGAGAACAGCAGGUUCAAGAUGCUGGAGUCGGAGCUGGAGUCGUCCCUGAAGCGGUCCCUGCAGAUCAAGGAGGACAAGAUGGCCGCCCUGGACGCCCGUCUGCAGGAGUCCUCCUCCCUCAACCUGCAGCUGAGGCAGGAGCUCAAGGCCCUGAGGCUGAGCUUGGAGGCCGUGCAGCAGCGGGAGGAGGAGGAGCGCGAGGCGGCCAGCUGCCUCUCCUCCAGGGACUCUGGCCAGGAGAUCAACGCCUGGCAGCGGGAGAGCCAGGCCGCCACCAAGGAGCUGCUCCGGGUCAAGGACCGGCUCAUCGAGGUGGAGCGCAACAAUGCCACCCUGGAGGCGGAGCGGCAUGCGGUGCAGACGCAGCUGAAGCAGCUGAGCGGCCAGUCUGAAGGCCAGCAGGCCCAGAUCCUCGCCCUGCAGCGGCAGACGGCCUCGCUGCAGGAGAACAACACCGCCCUGCAGACCCUCAACGCCAACCUGCAGGUGGAGAAGUCCACCCUGAGCUCCCAGAGCUCCUCCCUGCUGGCCCAGAACGCGGCGCUGCAGCAGCAGCAGGCGGGGGCGGAGGGGGAGCGGGACGGCGCGCGCCGGGAGCGGGAGGAGCUGCGGGCCGUCCAGGAGCAGCUGCUCCGCGACCACCAGCGGCUCUCGGCGCUCCACGAGCGCCAGGCGCUGGAGUACGAGGCGCUGAUGGGGAAGCACGGGCUGCUGAAGAACGUCCACCGCAGCCUGGAGCUGGAGCACCGCACGCUGCAGGACAGGUACAACGGCGUGCUGCAGCAGCGCGUGCGUCUGGAGGUGCUGGAGGCGGCCCUGAAGGAGGAGCAGGAGAAGAUGGCCGCCGAGAAGGAGCGGCAUCGCGGGGCGGCGGCCGAGAACCUCCGGCUGAGGGACGAGAAGGACUGGCUGAACCAGAGCCACCAGCAGCUGCUGAGGGACCACGAGGAGCUGGCGUCGGACCACAAGCAGCUGAAGACCCAGCUGAACGCAGCCAAGCUGGACCAGGCCCGGCUGGAGGGGGACUUCUCCCGGCUCCGCGAGCAGUACCUGCAGCUGGACAUCACCUCCACCAAGCUCACCAACCAGUGCGAGCUCCUGAGCCAACUGAAGGGGAACCUGGAGGAGGAGAACCGCCACCUGCUCAGCCAGAUCCAGAGCCUGAUGCUGCAGAACCGCGCCCUGCUGGAGCAGACCAUGGAGAGCAAGGACCUGUUCCACGUGGAGCAGAGGCAGUACAUUGACAAGCUGAACGAGCUCAGGAGGCAGAAGGAGAAACUGGAGGAGAAGAUCAUGGACCAGUACAAGUUCUACGACCCCUCGCCCACCCGCAGACGUGGUAACUGGAUCACCCUGAAGAUGAAGAAGCUGAUCAAGUCUCGGAGCCGGGAGCGGGGGGGCAGCGAGGGCUCCCUGGGGCCCGUCACGCCCCCCCUCCACGCCGGCUCUUGCGAGGGCCUGGACGACACCCACCUCCACCUCCACGGCCCCCCGGACGGGGGCUCCACGGGGGGGUCCGAGGGCUCGGGGGGGUCCCCGUCCGCCAUGCCCCGCCCCCCCGCCGAGACCCUCUCCCCGCAGCGCAGCAUCAGUGAGUAUGAGCUUGUCAGCCGGACCCCCGCCCCGGCCGCCGCUAGGCCCCGCCUCCUCGCCCCCCCUCCCCCGAGGCGGUCAGGUUCGGGGGGGAGGAAGGUUCUGGAGAUGGCGGGGUUCUGCGGCCCCCUCUUCGGGUCGACGCCCGACGCCCAGGGGGACGGGGCGCGCCCCGCGCCCCCCCGGGACCGGGCGGCACCGCCCCCCCGCCUGCUCAGAGCUCGCCGCCCCCCCGCCUGCCCCCCAGAGGCGGCCGCCCUCAAACUCUUUCCCCGUAUGAGGAACCGACUGAAGGACCGAGACAAAGUCAAGUCUCUGCUGCGCCGCUCCAUGUCCCCGCCUCCACCCGGUCAUCUCCACCCCGCCGACACGGCCGUCCCAGAUAUCUCUAAACUUUGGCUCACAGAUAAAGAUUCGGUCGAUAGCGCGUCUGGUUUUGAAGACCACGAAGACCUGCAGCACGGGCCGACCGCGCCCCCCAGCCGCGCCCACAGCGAGAGCAGCGGCGAGUUCAGCAUGAGCCUGGACAACGAGCCCUGGUCCAACGGCAGCAGCCCGCUGCAGCCGGCGCCGCCCUGCCGCUCGCCCGGCGCCCACCCGCCCCCCAACGACACCUCCAGCCCCCGCCACGCUCAGCCCCACGCCGUCGCCGUGGCCAACGGCUCGGUGCUCCUCCACGCGUACCCCCGGGACCCCCCGGCGCAGGGCAGCCCCCCCGGGGUACAGCUCAGAGCCCCCCCCCCCCCGGACCUCUGGCCCAUGCGGACCACCAAGACCAUCAGGAGGGGCUCCAAGGCCAAGGCCGCCGCCCGCCGCGCCUCCGACUCGGGGGGCUCCUUCAAACUCACCAAGGUCCUCAACGGGCUGGGCUCCAGGGCCAGCCCGGCCAAGGCGGAGCCCCCCGCCCCUGCCGCCGCCCCCGCCAGCGCCGCCGCCGCCCACUCGGCGGCGGCCUGCUCCCCCAUCACGGUGCUCUACGUCCAGGGGAAGUCCUCCUCCGUGUCGGGCUGCCUCAACUGCUUCUCCACGCCACUGGGGCGGGAGGGCCGUCUGCGGGGGUUCCGCUGCCCCAAGGUCCUCCCGCGGGCCAGCAGCGUCAUCUCCACCGCCGAGGGGUCGUCACGGCGACCCAGCGUCCACAGCGCCUGCAGGGCGGCGCUCCGGGCGGCGCCGGAGCCGGCGGCCGCCGAGAGGGACGCCGCGGAACUCCCCCCCCCGGGCACGCCGCCCGACCGGAGCCGAGAACCGGCGGCGGACCGCCCCCACCCGGCGGGGCCGGACCCCGCGCCGCCCCUCAAGCCGCCCCGGGACCCGGCGCUGACGGCGGGCGGCCCGGAGCCCCGCCCCCCCCCGGCCCCCGUCCAGGAGACCCUGUUCGGCCCCCCCUUCACCUUCAGCUCCGUCUUCUCCAACACCAUCUUCAGCGAGGCGGCGGCGGGGGAGGGCGGGGACCCCCCCGGGCCGGACGGGGGGGGGCGGAGAGACCCUGGUCCGGGUCACACGGAGACGACUCUGGGAAUAUUCUGUCCCGGAGUCGUUUGCAGCUGA